GCCGCCAGUCGGCCAGUUCCGGUUCUCAUUUCCGAUAUAUACUCGCAGUCCAAGUUCAAUAGCUCGCCAUGGCCUUCCCUCGGAUACUACAUGUUGCAUCUAAAUCAGCAAAGGUCCAUCAAUCAUGUCGAAAGGCGUUCUCAUUUUCUUCAAAAAGAUCAUUCACAGCCAGCCAGAGACGACUUGACUACUAUCCGAAUGCUUCUUUCGGCACAUUCAAAGAAUUGACUGCUGGUGAAAAAUCUAAAGGACGUCUGGUACUAGUCGACUUUUAUGCGGAUUGGUGUAGACCUUGCAAAAUGCUCUCUCCUGUCCUUAAAGCCAUCGCGACAGACCCAAAUGUCAAGUCUGCCAGCGGCCUUCACGUCGACGUCGUCACGAUAGACACAGAAGCCAAUGAAGGUUACGAGCUGGGUCAGCGGUACAAAUUCGUCGGUGCGCUACCGGAAAGCGGUGUCAAAGAUUUCCUCCAGAAACUUUAGAGAGAUGUCGCCUCCUUAAAUCGUAUCCAAUGCUAUCCGAGACUCGUCGAGGAAUGCGGAAUUCCCUGAAAAAUUGACUUAGGGCAGUCGUGGCCCCUUCAAACCGGAACUCAGCGUUUCCAUUACUUAGACUGCCAGAGAUAAACCCUUCCUUCUUGCGGGUUCUCGAACCGACGACAGCCGAUAACAACCGUGCCCCGGUGUGUCGAAAACUCUGCAUGAAGUGCCUGAAAGUAAUGUGCCCAAUCA